UACUUUGUAGAUCGAAUUUAAUUCCUCUUUCAAAUACUUGUCUUCCUCCAAAACCUUUAGUACAAUGUCGAAAUUUGUUCUAUCAAUUAUCGUUAUAUCAUUUGUAGCAACAGUGCAAUCAGUAGAUCUGCCUGAAUUUCUUCAUGUUUGCAAACGAAAUGAUCCUGAUAUUGACAAUUGUAUCAAAAGUAGCGUUGAACAUUUAAGGCCAUAUUUAGUCAAAGGUGUACCUGAAUAUAAUCUUCCAUCCCUGGAGCCUCUUUUAUUGAAAGAAAUAGUUAUAGCUGAGGGCCAAGGAGGCAUCAGAAUAGCAGGAAAAAAUAUCAAUGCUUUUGGUGCAAGUGAUUUCACUGUUGCUAGUAUGAAAGCAGAUAUGACCAACCUCAUUUAUAAACUGGACAUCGUUUUACCUCAUCUUUAUGUAGACGGUGAAUAUGACGUUGAUGGACGGAUAUUAUUGCUUCCAGUGACUGGAUCCGGUCGUAUGACCGGUAACUUUACUGAUUGUACAGGAGCAGUCAAGUUUACAGGAGAAAUUUAUAAAAAUGAUGCAGGUGUUGAAUACUUACGUGUUAAAGAUGAUUUCAACCUAAAAAUAACUGUUCAUAAAGGAUCUUUGAAACUUGAUAAUCUCUUUGGCGGUCAAAAAGCAAUCGGUGAAGUUAUUAAUUCAGCAAUAAAUUCCAAUUUUGAUGCUAUUCUACGUGAGUUAAAACCUUUGAUAGAAAAGGCUUUAGCUGAUGUUUUCUUAGAAGUUGGUAAUAGUAUAGUUAGUAUUUUUACUUACGAACAAUUAUUCCCAUUAUAGUAAAUCAUGCGAAAUUAUCUAACUAAAUAUGCUAUUGUUAUUUGAGUGAUGGUUAAUUUGUAUAUACAUGUUUUUAUAAUCUUUUUCUUUUUCAAAUAAUUCAGUCUGUACAAAAAAUAAAAAAAAUUUGUCGAACAAGAUGAUGUCGAAAAUAACUUGUUAUCAUUAUUAAAUUAUAUUGUCAGCAAAUAAAUGGAAGCGUGUACAAAUUUUUGAAUA